CCUCACGGCCCGUCACUCAGGUGUCUUACAACUCGCUAUCGCCGCAAAAAUCAAAAAGGGUUUCCUUGGGGAUGACCACAUGGGGCCUCUAUCCGCCGGUCAGGAAUCCAUUUCGUCUGACGGCCGGAGGGUAACCCGUCAAGCCGCCAACCGAUUACAGCAUGUCAGCUCGGUUCCCGGCGGCCACAGGCCGUCUCCCGUUGACAAGAGGCGAGCCCGAAAACGCCCCAAGCCCUUGCGCCACCGAGCGGUGCUCGCGUUGGACGUUGGCAUGACGGCCACCAGGGCGUGCCUCGUAAAUCUGGAUAGAGACGAAGCCACCGUCAUAAUACCGAGCGACACCACCUACGGCCACAAUGGCAACGUGUACUGCGACUGCGACUUCCCCUCGACGGCCUCCCCGUUUAAAUCUGACUCCGAGCCCUCGCAGUGCCUCGGCUUCGGCGCCGAGGUGCACUCCAAGUCGAUCCCUCUGAAGCUGUACUGGAUCGCCGUCGAGGGGCUCAACCUGCAGUGCCGACGGCAGGAGAGCAAGCUCCGGCAGCUGCGCCGCCUCUUCCCCCCCGUCAACGACCUGUUUCUAGAGGUCAAUGGCACCGGCGGGUCCAAAAGAGAGAGGAUCGCGCAUCGACGGCGGGUGUUUCAGCGCCUGAGGGACAUCUUUGUCGCCCACCUGCAACAGGUGAAGAGCCAGGUCGACGUCAACGCGAGCCACCACGGCUACGACGUGGUCGUCGUCACGGCCACGCUGCCCCCCGCGUGGACACCCAGGACUCAAAGGAACUACCUGAAGCUCCUUCGCGAGGUCUGGACCGACAUCCCCGCGUCCGACUUUCACUGGCUGGAGGAGUCCGAGGCCAUAGGGCAUUUGCUGCUGCGCAGCAACAACAUCGACGUCAAGGAGAAGAGGCAACUGACGACGUACCUCCAGGCCGACUUUGGCGGCCACACGCUGAGCACUUACACGUUUGAGCUCGUUCGCCAGAGAGACGGCGCGAACACUGCCUUCUUCUCCACGUCCGCCUCUACUUGCGCCUACGGGGGAUCCGAGCUACACACGCUCCUUGUCAAGGAACACAUCGAGAAGCAGAUAAAGUGUGACCUCGACUUGACAGAUGACGAGACCCGGUACCUCCUCGAGGAUUGUCUGGACUACUACCGGCGCAGGCUGCGGGCCAAGAUGACGAGCAAGAGCUUCGUCGUCCGGGGCUGUAAGAGCAGGGAUGACGAUAAGUUGAUGACUUUUGACAUCAGCUCGGAGACGAGCGAGAGCUUCUACGACAUGUGCUUCGCCACGCCGCUCCGCAGCCUGUUUAAGAAGAUUAACGAGCAUGCCAGCACUCACGCCGCCGUCGUACUGACCGGGGGGAGCUUCCUCAACAACACCAUCCUCAAAGAGGUGAAGCGUAAGAUCGAGGAGGCAGGCAUGACGUGCAUUACUACGGAUAAGUUCAGGCUCACGGGCAACAGGUCCGCCAGCGCUUGUGUUGGCGCCGCGUUCGCCCUCAAGAACACCGUCACUGUCCGCGAGUUUUUGGAAAGGGCCGUCUUCGCCGUUAGGGAUGUCGGGUCCACGUCCUCGUACACGGCCCGUGCCAUCCUAGACCGCGGCGUGAGUCUUGAAGAGACCUUCGACCUCGGCGAGGACGCCGAGAUCGUGUGCCACCCGUGGCAGGCAAGAUGGGACCGCAUCAACGAACUCGGCCGCCGGCAGGGAAAAGCCAUCAAAACGGUCCCGUGCCAAAAAACGUAUGGCUUCCAUACGCUGAGACGCUACAAGUGCAAGGGCAAGUGCAAAGUGGCCCUCCUGUACGAGCCUGAGAACGAACAACACGGCGACCAGCUGGUCAUGACUAUCAGCACACAAAAUUCCCUGUCUAGUGUUAGUAGCAGCCGUCGCGGCCGGACCGUGACGCGCACGAUUCCGAUCUUCUACGACCCCGGGCCCUGCGUCGUCUUUGUGGACCAAGACAACUACAACGCCUAUCCCGAGGCCGACAAGAGCGACUUGAACCGCCGGCGGCGCAACGCGGCGAGCAAUGCGCCUACCACCGGGCAAGUCGAACUGGACGCGGCCGAGGGCGAAGGCGACGGCGAUGACCACCAAGUGCCCGGCGUUGACGAUGACGCUGCGGCGCAAACCGACGUGUCCAUGCUUCGAUACAUCUCGGAGGCCGCGCUCAAGCACUCGUACUGGCCUCCGGAGAAUCCAGUCGACGAGACCGAGGUAGACGACGAGACCGAACCAGUGGAUGAGACAGAGGUAGACGACAUCGAGACUGGGCCAGAUGGCGAGGACGCACCAGACGAAGGGGACAUGCCAGAGUAUGAGCCGGAACUAGGCGGUGGUAGCGAGAUGGCAUCGGGCGACAAUAUGGCACUUGAAGACGAGCCCGGACAAGGCCACCACGACCAUGACCACGAACACAACACCGAUCCCGCCAGUGAGGGCCCCUUGACCGGACAUUACAACAGCAGGACCAAUCUCCCUGGCGGGAGAAACACGGGCAUGUCCAUCGAUUGCGUUCUCAACCCCCCGUCCGACGCCGAUCAAGUCGGCGAGCAUACUCGCAGACCUACUCCCUCGCGGCACCAGCAGCGGCACCGGCGACUUGAACACGGAGACGGCGGCAGCGACGGCGUCAAGACUCACCGCGCCGACACCAUCUGCUGCGCGAGGACGCCCCCGACCAUUGGUCACAGCAAAUCGCCGAGGACGUCGUCUUCGAAGCGCAAGGCGGCGAAUGCGUACGGCACGGCCAGCCCGUCGGCAAAGAGGCGGGCCGCUCUACCUGGGCGACAGUAGGUAAGGUCAUAUAGGGCCUUGUUCAAGAAAUAAUAAGAUGAGGACGGGCAACAGUAGCAACAGGGAUUCUCUCUGUGUUUAUUGUAGAAAAGCAUGUUUCCGCACAAACAAAACUCGGA